AUUGGCACCUCAUUUCUUGUAUUUUGCAGAAAGAAGGGGACUUUCCUGUUACCGUCAGUCCCCACCCCCUCACCACAUCUCUCUUACUCCCCCUCCCUUUCUCAGCAGUGGCUCACCUCACCUUGUUCCCAUGGCAACGUGGAGCUCAGGCAAUCCUAAUAUCUGAGACCUAGUGAAGAUCCCUGUGUAAAACCGGUUCUGCCUGCUGAGACAAAAGAUUGACAUACAGAACGCUGGCGGGAGGAGUAACAAAUAACUUACCUGUUAUGCCAUUCAUCUCACAACAAAAACACUUUUAGAAUGAUUAAUCUAUGUCUAUUGACACUUGUGAGUUAUGAAAUAUUAGUUUGGUAUAGCAAAAGUAUGAGUAACUUACUCCACAAGUCUGAAAGGAUGGUUAUACAUCCCUGACAGAUGAGGAAGGGACUUUUUCCAUUCACUUCAUACAUUUAACAUUCUCAUGGGACUGUGGCAGACUGAGUGAGGGAUGAAGCUCAGUCGAAACUUUAUCUGCAGUGAGGUAGUCCAUGUCACUCAAGGCGCAUUCCAUUGACUGAGAGGUGUUUUCACCAAGCUACAUACCCUGCAUAUUCUACCCGAACACGUACUGUAGUAGACUUAAACAAGGAUCUGCUUAUGUUUGAGACAAACUGUUAUUGAAACCGGGAAAUACUCUGCUGUGCUUCAACGAAACGUUCAUACAGUUAAACAAAAUAUUAUAGGAACACGGGGAGAAUGGAUCACGCGCAACGAAAGUCUGAUGUAUUUGCUUUACAUGGGGUGUGACACAUUGAAGUUCGACAUGGCGUGCUGGAAAUGGUGCCGUCGGACCUGGGUUUGUUGCCUGGACGAUGAAGAGAGGAGAACCAUUGCUAUCGACAAGGAGAUCCAGAGGAUUCUCCGACAGCAGAAGAACAGAGAACGCAAAGAAAUCAAAGUUCUUUUACUCGGCACAGGGGAGAGUGGGAAAACCACCUUCAUCAGACAGAUGAGGAUCAUCCAUGGAAGUGGCUUCUCUGAAGAGGAAAGACGGGACUUCGCCAAGCUCAUCUACCAGAACAUCUUCACGGCUGUGAAAGCUAUGACCCGGGCCAUGAUCACCCUCAGACUGCCCUAUGCCUACCCAGAGAAUGAGAUGUAUGCCAGGUGGAUGCAGGAUGUGGACACAGUGCAGGUCACCCAGCUGGACCGUGGCUUUGUGGACGCUAUCCGCCAUCUCUGGGCCGACCCAGGCCUCCGGGUCUGCUACAGCCGCCGCAGCGAGUAUCAGUUGCUGGACUCCACAGAGUAUUACAUGACCAAUCUGGACCGCAUAUCUGCCCCAAACUACAUCCCCACUGCUCAGGACGUGCUGCGGGUACGAUUCCCCACCACCGGCAUCCAUGACUACUCCUUCACCGUAAAGACCAUCACACUCAGGAUUGUGGAUGUGGGUGGACAGAAGUCAGAGAGGAGAAAGUGGAUCCAUUGUUUUCAGGAUGUGACGUCCCUCAUUUUCCUGGCUUCCCUCAGCGAGUACGACCAGGUCCUGGAGGAGAGAGAGACUGAUAAGCGUAUGGAUGAGAGCUUGGCUUUGUUCUACACCACCAUCCACUCCCCCUGGUUCCUCAACACCUCCAUCAUCCUCUUUCUCAACAAGACAGAUAUCCUGGCUGACAAGAUCCAGGCAUCCGACCUGCAGAAGUACUUCCCAGGGUUCACAGGAAAGCGACGUGAUGCUCAGGAUGCUAUGAAGUACAUCCAGAAGAUGUAUGAGCAGCAGGCUCACAGCCGGGACAAGAAGGAAGAUAGCAAGACGCUGUACCCCCACUUCACCUGCGCCACCGACACAAACAACAUCCGCAAAGUGUUCAGUGACGUCAAGGACACGGUGCUCCUCAAGUCUCUCAUGGAGUUUGGGGUGAUCUGAGGGCCUGGGGACCCGCCUACCAAUGGGGCCACACUCAACCAACAACCACUCAGGGCAGAAGAGGCUCUCCCUCCAUCCCUCCCUUGCUCAGUUUUCUCCUCUCUCUCAAUCUCAGCUCCAGUGGGGAUGCUCUCUGGCCAAACCUUCUUAUUGCAGGAAGGAAUCUCUACCUGGAGAGCAGAACAGAAUGGAGUGACUCUUAUUACUCCUGUAUCACGAACAUGUUUUAAACACACACACACACUCUGGUUGUUAUUUUAUAAUGUUGUUUGUAAGGGCUUGGAGAUGCAGUGGCUCUACCAGUGAUGGAAACUGGACUAGAGAUGUCAUGAAGUGCUGUGUCUCCAUUAUGUGAGUGAUGACUUUAGCUGGUGGAGAGGAGAACUCUAUAGCCCCUCUAUAUCUCUACCACAACCCUGUUGAUAGAAAAUGCCUCUGCUCUAGAGAUCACUACAGAAGAUUCCACUCUAUCUGUGUGUUGAAUUAACACUACUGUACACAUGCGUUGUAGCCAUUACAUAACCAGUUCACACCUAUGAGAAGUAGCCACCACUGAAGGCUGUGUAACAUUUUGUGUUUGGUUGGUCUUUUAAUUGGUUUGCUUGGUUGACACCCGUAUAUUUUGCCGCUGAGUCUCAGGUGUAGAUGUGAUGCAGGCGAGAAAUGUGGGAGUUGAGGCGUUUACUACAGCUGUGAUCGAUAAGGUGUCAGAAAUCACUUGAUGUCAUAACGGGUUCCCCUGAUACAGUAUGUUAUGGAAUGCAAUGCUGUACUGUACACUGUUAGGAUUCUUGGUUUGGUUUUUGGUGGAUGCUUUUGUUUAGUCUCUUCCCCUAAUGUGCCUGCCUUACGACCAGUCACUACCUGCUAUACAUUGAGUUCAUAUGGGAACAACAACGCCGGUGAAUGUAUACAUUAACUAACAAAUGAGAGUGCUUAAGAGCAGCAGCCAAGUACAGGGUUAUUACUAGCUGGCAGGCAUGCUGCUGUUAAAGCUGAAAUGUAUUAAAAGAUCUCAUUAAAUUCCUAGGACCCUGUUAGGACUGCUAUUAGGUGGCUCAGAGAGGCCAGUUAAAACGAACGCCUGGCAUCGCGGGUGGUUCAAGUCUUGCCACUGUCUGAUAGCUCUAAAAAUCAACAUGCAGUUAUGAUGUGAAUGUUUGUAGGCUUUAGGCUACGGUAGGGCUUUGAUUUGAGCAGUGGAGUUUUUUGGGCUUCGCUGCAGAGUGGCAUCAAAGGUUACACAGCAAAACAAGGAUUUAAUCAUUGUGUCAAGACUAUCAACAACAACUCAUUAUUCAUAGUUGGCUUGCCCUUUUACUCUGGUCCCCUAUCAAUAUUUAUGUUCCGUCAAUAUUUAGUUUAGCAGGCUCAGGCUGUGCUCAACUUGUUUCAUGUUCAGUAGCAUUUUAUAUUGGAUUCUAUAUUGGUUUAAUUUAAGCGAUAUGGCCUCUAUAAAUAUGAGUGAGUGGAGCAGGAUGGAGUCUGUCAGAUAAUACAGGCGAUAAUAUUCUGACCUGUGUGCGUCACUAAAGCAGAUGAUGAGUGUGUCAGUGGAAAAGGACUUCAAAGUCAGAUUAAAACCUCUUCCAUUAAAUUGAAGUCAGUAAUUACAAAUUGCAGGCAUGGAUCAUACAAUAUGCAUCGAAUUUAUUAAGGUUUGAGAAGAUUGCUUUGCUGCAGUGUGAAGAAUGUGUUUGUUUUUUACAAAAAAAAUUGGGGGGGUAAAGGACUAUAUAUAAAUAUAAUAUAUAUAUAUUUCCUUGUAGAACUGAACAUAGGCUCUGCUACCUGAUGUGAGGAAUUAUUAAUUGUAUUCAGCUUAUUUUGUUAUAUUAGACCACCUCAUUAACAGAUAGUGUGACAGGAGGUGAUGCACUGUAUAUAUUACAGACUAACAUUGGGAGAACUCUUAUUUGGUGCAAAUAUUUUGUAUAGAUUUGGGAGGAAUUUGGGGAAAUAUUUUCUAAUUGAAGUUAUGUUUUGAAAAAGAUUCUGUUUAUGUUGUGUGUUUAUGUUUUUCUUCAGGCUAUGGUACUUAUUGGAAAUAUACACUUGUGUAAACGUGUGUAGUGCUGCAUAGCUUGUCUUGUUGAUAUACUCUAGCUUCCUCUCUCAGCACUCCAAGGAAGAGUGGCUUAGCUUGCCUUGCUUUGGCUGCUGUUUUCAUCCUCUGUUCUUCAAAUAGUCAUAUAGGAUCUUUAACCUGCUGUUUAUCAUUUCAAUAAACCCCUGUGUGUGCUUAUAGAGAACCAGAGAACCUGCAAGGACAGGAGUGUGGGUCAACAAACAGACAGUUGACUUUGGCAAAAGAACUCAGGACCUCAGCCAUGAAAGCGAGCUUGUCUGUUAGUAGAUUUCAUGAAGGAGGAAAUUAGCACUUGUUUUUAUAUAUUUUACGGCACACACUGAUUGUAGCCGUAUCUUAUGUUCUUCAAUGUCCCAUUGUUAUUAUCUGCUUCUCUCGAUGGUUGCUUACGUACUGCAAUAGUGCAAGUCUGCCACUAAAACAAAAAGUCCCCACGGAUGGAAAGUCUUAUGACUACUUAUGUAACGCGUAUCAGAGUUCUGAUUUGUUAUUGUAACACCACUAUACAAUGUCACAACAAUACCAUGGUAAAUAAGCCUGGGGCACAGACACAGUAUCUAUGUACACACAUAACCAAAUAAUGUAUCACUAUAUACAGUGUACUCGGAAAGUAUUCAGACCACUUGACUUUUUCCACAUUUUGCUACGUUACAGCCUUAUUCUAAAAUUGAUCAAAUAAACAAUGUCUCUCAUCAAGCUACACAAAGUACCCCAUAAUGACAAAGCGAAAACAGGUUUUUAGAAAUGUUUGCAAAAAAUAAAUACAAAAAUAACAGAAAUACCUUAUUUACGUAAGUAUUCAGACCCUUUGCUCUAGGACUCGAAAUUGAGCUCAGAUGCAUCCUGAUUCCAUUGAUCAUCCUUGAGAUGUUUCUACAACUUGAUUGGAGUCCACCUGGGGUAAAUUCAAUUAAUUAGACAUGAUUUGGAGAGGCACAAACCUGUCUUAUAAGGUCCCAUAGUUGACAGUGCAUGUCAGAGCAAAAACCAAGCCAUGAGGUCGAAGGAAUUGUCCGUAGAGAUCCGAGACAGGAUUGUGUUGAGGCACAGAUCUGGUGAAGGGUACCACAACAUUUCUGCAGCAUUGAAGGUCCUCAAGAACAUAGUGGCCUCCAUCAUUCUUAAAUGGAAGAAGUUUGGAACCAGCAAGACUCUUCUUAGAGCUGGCCGCCCAGCCAAACUGAGCAAUUCGGGAGAAGGGCCUUGGUCAGGGAGGUGACCAAGAACCCAAUGGUCACUCUGACUGAGCUCCAGAGUUCCUCUGUGGAGAUGGGAGAACCUUUCAGAAGGACAACCAUCUCUGCAGCACUCCACCAAUCAGAACUUUAUGGUGGCCAGACGGAAGCCACUCCUCAGUAAAAGGCACAUGACAGCCAGCUUGGAGUUUGCCAGAAGGCACCUAAAGACUCUCAGACAAUGAGGAACAAGAUUCUCUGGUAUGAUGAAACCAAGAGUGAACUCUUUGGCCUGAAACCUGGCACCAUCCUUACGGUGAAGCAUGGUGGUGGCAGCAUCAUGCUGUGGGGAUGUUUUUCAGCGGCAGAGAGACUAGUCAGGGUUGAGGGAAAGAUGAACGGAGUAAAGUACAGAGAGAUCCUUGAUGAAAACCUGCUCCAGAGCGCCCAGGACCUCAGACUGGGAUGAAGGAUCACCUUCCAACAGGACAACGACCCUAAGCACACAUCCUAGACAACACAGGAGUGGCUUCGGGACACAUCUCUGAAUGUCCUUGAGUGACCCAGCCCGAGCCCGGACUUGAAUAGGAUCGAACAUCUCUGGAGAGACCUGAAAAUAGCUGUGCAGCGGCGCUCCCCAUACAACCUGACAGAGCUUGAGAGGAUCUGCAGAGAAAAAUUGGAGAAACUCCCCAGAUACAGGUGUGCAAGCUUGUAGCGUCAUACCCAAGAAGACUCGAGGCUGUAAUUGCUGCCAAAGGUGCGUUUUUUUAUAAUUCUUUUGCUUUGUCAUUAUGGGGUAUUGUGUGUAGAUUAAGGAGGGAAAAACACGAUUUAAUACAUUUUAGAAUAAGGCUGUAAUGUAAUAAAAUGUGGAAAAAGUCAAGGGGUCUGAAAACUUUCCGAAUGCACUGUAUUCACAUAAGCACAUCAGAAUAAAAAUACGUGAAACACACACACUCCGGCUGGUGAUGGCACUGUUACAGGCGUGUGACGCAAUGUCCCUGGUGACUGCCAUUCUCACUCAGACAAGUUGACAUUCUUUCUCACGGCUGGGUGCCCGUUGUGUGUGUAUGUCAUCUUCCCAGAGAGUGGCAGCGUGUGAGUGUGUGUGUGUGUGUGUCAUCCUUAGAGAGAGCGACUGAGGCAACCCUGAUGCCUCAGUCUCACAGCCCUAUCAACACCAGAGAGGUCUCGUUACAUCGUCACAGCACUCAAGCCCUGACACAUUGCAUAGGCUCUCACUCUCAGCCCUCACUCAACAUUAUAAGGUUUUUCUUUCAGGUUUAUUCAAUUAAAUCAAUCUUUCAUUUCCAUUUUCUAAACUUUGGAUUCCAAAAACACAUUCACUUUUUUCCAGCAUUCAGUCAGGAUAAAUGACUCAAUGUUGUCAGAAAGCUUCUGCUUUGUUAGUACAAUGUGUUUUUAGUUUUAUGCAGCAUUCAGAACUUUAACAGAGAACCGUUCCUGUUGAAUUUGUUCAGAAUUAGAUUUGUUUAUUGACUCCUUUGUUUGAAAGAUGUGUGUAAUUAUUUAUUUGGACGUUUAUAUAUCUCCUGCAGUUCUGCAUGCAAAUUAAUUUCCCAUUUUAAAAAACGGUAUUAGUUAAUCUUUCAUACAUUGUGUCACGUUCUGACCAUAGUUCUUGUGUGUUUUCCUUGUUUUAUUGUUGGUCAGGACGUGAGCUGGGUGGGAAUUCUAUGUUUUGUGUUUCUAUGUGGGGAUUGUCAAUUGGCCUGAUGUGGUUCUCAAUCAGAGGCAGGUGUUUGUCAUUGUCUCUGAUUGGGAACCAUAUUAAGGUAGCCUGUUUUGUGUUUGGAUUUGUGGGUGGUUGUCUUCUGUCUUUUUGUUCUCUGCACAAGAUAGGACUGUUUUCGGUUUGCCACGUUUGUUAUUUUGUAUUUUUGUAAGUGUUCACGGUUUCGUCUAUUAAACAUGUUGAGCACUGGAUGUUGGUCCGAUCCCUGCUACACCUCCUCUUCUCGUGAAGAGGAGGAAGGCUGCCGUUACACAUUGCCAAUAGUAACGCUGACUUGAGCUCAAUUUUGGUAUAAUCAUAGCUGCCUGUGCUUUGGUGAUUUAAAGAGAUUGAUUUGUCUACUGCUGUAAUGCAAGCUAGAGUGGGGAUGUGAUAGCAGGUGGGAUACACACAGCUAUCCAAACUAAUAAAGAUGGAUCUGUUUA